ACUUCUGCAGAACAUGAUAUUUUAGACUUGGUAGAACAAUUCAAUCCAUUCCUGGACUCCACUUUCCUACUUCUCUCCAUACUUCAAUGCAUUAUCUCACCAUGCUUAGAUCCGUGUCCACACGUGCCGCGAGGCAGCUCGCGCAACCCAUUGGCCGCCGCUAUGCCUCGACGCCUGCCGCCUUCGAUUGGAAAGACCCUUUGGGGUCAGCAUACAACUUCACAGAGGAAGAAUUGGCCAUUUCAGAAACAGCCGAAUCAUACUGUCAAGAGCGCAUGCUGCCGAGAGUGCUAGAGGCGUAUCGCAAUGAGAACUACGACAAGAAGAUCCUCGAGGAGAUGGGCGAGCUCGGUCUGCUAGGAGCAACGAUACAAGGCUAUGGCUGCGCAGGAGUUUCUUCGGUAGCUUCUGGAUUGAUCACGCGAGCAGUGGAGAGAGUAGACUCGGGAUACAGGUCAGGCAUGAGUGUACAAUCGUCGCUUGCGAUGGGUGGUAUCGAAGAGUUCGGAUCCGAAGAGCAGAAGGAGAAGUUUCUACCACAAAUGGCGAAGGGCAAGAUGCUGGGCUGUUUUGGGCUGACAGAGCCCAACCACGGGUCGGACCCCGGCAGCAUGGAGAGUGUUGCAAAGGAACACCCCACGAAGAAGGGCUACUAUAGCCUGUCGGGUUCGAAAACGUGGAUCACAAACUCUCCAAUUGCAGACGUGAUGCUCGUUUGGGCAAAGCUGCAGGAGACUGGCAAGAUUCGUGGCUUCCUGGUGGAGCGUUCUGAGGCGCCGCCAGGCACGCUCGAGACGCCAAAGAUUGGACACAAGAAUGGUCUGCGAGCAUCAAUAACUGGCAUGAUUCAAAUGGACAACCUGCCGAUAGCCAAGGAGAUGAUGCUUCCAGAGGUCGAGGGCCUAAGGGGUCCCUUCUCGUGUCUGAAUAGCGCUCGUUAUGGCAUUGCAUGGGGCGUUAUCGGUGCUCUCGAGGACUGCAUAGCCCGAGCAAGAGAGUACGCUCUCGAGCGCAAGCAGUUCAAGGGCAACCCGAUCGCCAAGUAUCAGCUCGUGCAGAAGAAGCUUGCAGAUGCUGCGACAGACGCAGCGUUCGGCAUCCAAGCCGCAUACCAAGUCGGGCGUCUAAAAGAUGAGGGCAAGGCAGCUCCAGAGAUGAUCUCGAUGAUUAAACGUCAAAAUUGUGAUCGUGCACUGGUCGGCGCGAGGAAUCUACAGGAGAUCUUCGGCGGCAACGCUGCCAGCGAUGAGUACCACAUCGGCCGACAUGUGUCGAACUUGUUCGUGACGCAGACUUACGAAGGACAGAGUGACAUUCAUGCACUCAUCCUUGGUCGGGCCAUUACCGGCAUUCAGGCCUUUGUUUAGGCCUUGAGAGUUUCAGGUUGGCGUCAUUGUAUGAAAGGCGUGGCGUGCAUGGAAUGGACACAGCGAAGAAAUCUGUACAGUAUACAGGAAACAUGUCGCACGAUUUGUAGCAUUCCAUAUGAGGAGCGGCUGCAUGUGUCAGCACUGCCCGUGAAUUGAGGCUGUGUACAAGUAUAGUAACCAGACAAGCGCCUGUCAAAUAAAUGGCCGCAGCCGCCCAGACGUGGAAGCCCAAA